UUUAUAUACAUCAAAACGACCACCAAAUUCACGUUUCGUAUUCUAAUCAUCACUGCAACACCUCUAUCUCUUCGUCUCCCCUCUUUCCAUCUCCACCUUCUCAAAUUCUUCAUUCGCAUCAAUGGAUUAUUCAGCCUACAAUCUCAACCAACCACAACAACAUCCUCAAUCCUAUUACGAAUACGACCCAUCUCAGAUUCAACAUCAACCCUACGAUCAAUCUUACGCUGCAUAUCAACCUUCAUAUUACGCUGCUUAUAAUCAACAAUACGCUUAUUAUCCUACUGACACUACAACGCAUUUUCAACAUCAACAAACUCAUGGUUAUUAUCAAACUGAACCCGCCCCGGUUCACCCUCCCGGUGUUAACCCUGAACCGGUUCAACCCAAUCUGACGAUUGGGCCAUCAUCUCAAUACAGAGGUAGAGGUGGUAGAUCAUUCAGGCGGGGUGGUCGCGGCCGAGGUCAGUUCAGUCAUGGAAGAGGACGUGGAGUGGGCGGUGGGAGAUACUUUCCGUCUCAUUCUUCUGGACCUGCUAUUUCUGAUGUACCGGGUUCAUCAUCAGUCUCAACUCAAGUGCAAACUGCACCAGUGCAACCGCCACCGCGUGGGGUAUUCUGUGAUAUUUGCAAGAUCGAGUGCAAUACCCAAGAAGUCAUGGAGCUGCAUCUGAAAGGAAAAAAGCAUCUGAAGAAUAUCAGAGUACAUGAAGCAAAACAGAGACGCUGUGCUAUCAAUGUACCACAAAGUGGACAGAUUCCUACCUCUCAGUUGAACUCAACGGAUCAAACUAUUAUAGCUCAGGAAUCUGAAGACCCUACCAAAUAUUUUAGUUCUGAAAUUGCAACUGAUAGUCAGAAGGUUGACAUAAUUUCGCAGAAUAAUGUAGGAGAGACUUCUGAUGUUCCAGCUGAAGAAAAUUCUGCUGCAAGAGGCCGUGGAUUGAAGCGUAAAUUAAGAGGAGGAAAAACACGUAAACAGACGAGGACUGCUGAUGGUUCACAACCUGAGCCCGCUGUAGCCAUUACAUGUGAGUUGUGCAAUGUUAAAUGUGACACCCAACGAGUUUACCAGGCUCAUAUUACUGGGAAAAAGCACUUGAAGCGUGCCUAUGGCCCCCAUGCUCCGGCCGGAUUAGUACGUAACCAAGCUUUAGUUGGAGUAGGUAACCAAGCUUUGGUUGGAGUAGGUGAUCAAACUUUGUCUGAAGUAGGUUCCCAAGCUUUGGCUGGAGUAGCCGGGCUUCAAGCACUUUACCCACCUGACAUCAACGCACUAGCCACUGCAAUUAAUGCUCAAGUUCAACAAGGUGAUAAUGAUCCACAGGUACUUCUGGCUCAGCUCCUGGUGAAUGCACUAUCUCAAGCACAAGGAUCAGCAACAGCACCACCGAAUGGCUUAUUGACAGCUCAGACACCUACGCCUGCAUCGGUGGCCGGUUCAAGUUAUGAUCCCCAGUCGGCACAGAUACAAGUCUCAGAAAUCGCAGCGCAGGCAAAUCUUACCGGUGAAUCAAAAAAUGAGACACCUUCUGCCCCAGUGGAGUCAAAUGCACAGGAAGGUUCAAAUGUUGGCAUUGGCACACAAGUUGAAGGUGGAAGUUCUGAAACUAAAUAGGAUGCUAAUGACAGGCAGAGGCAAUUUUCAAGUGCAACAAAUGAAUACCUUCAUAAUGUGAAGCUUUCUAAUCAUAGUGUAUCCAUAGUAGAACAAUCAUUCUCUCAGUUUUACUUUAUUCAGACAAUUGUUCCAUUCUAUUGCCGGCAAGGAUUUCUCAUUUAAGGAGGCGACAUCAACACUAUGAAUCUCUCACAUGGUUGUUAGAUGUGUCAAAUCCUUAGGAUUGUUGCAUGUGUAUGUGCACGCGCAGCUCUGUUUGUGAUGUUUUUUUUUUACCAUUUUAGAUGAUAAUACUGUUUGAUAUUAAUGUUACCCCUAGUGGAUUAGUAAGCAAGUUCAAUAGUAAGAAUGAGAGUUUUUUUUCCAUCAUUUACGCACGAAGUCGAAACGGAAUGGUGUUUAAACUUUAAACCCAAGUAUUGCAAAUAAUAAUGGUCAGUAAGCUAAAGAAUACGAAAUUAUGUGAAGAUGUUUGUU